UUUUUUGAAUUUGUAUCGUAAUGGAAAAUAUAAUUGUAGAAAGUGAUAGUGAAACAAAAAAAGAAUGUUGGAAUGGUAAAAAAACUGCCACACAAAUUGCAAUCGAUUGUGAGGCUACAGAAGUGUUUUUGGGAUUGUUGAAAAAAAAUUGGGAAACAUUGAAUGAUUCCAAGACAAGUAAAAGGCAAAUUUGGCAUGAAAUUUGCAGUAACUUGGAAGAAGCAGGAUUUUGUAUUCGUGGAGUUGACAAAAUCCAGACAUGUAAAAACAAGUGGGAAAACCUACGCAAGGAUUAUAGAAAUUAUAUAUCCAAAUUUCAGCAAACAGGAAGCGGUGCAAAUGAUACCCAAAAGAAGCCCAAGUUCUUUGAUUCCAUCGAAGCAGUAAUAGGCUCCAGCAAUCAUUCCUUUCGACCUCCUUAUGUGAGUGAUUCACUAUACCACAAUCCUCACAAGUUCAAAGUUGGUGAAGAUCGGGAAGGUGAAAUUAAAAAGACGGCUAAUGAUUCAAAUAAUUCGUCACUUUGUGGAGUUGGCCUGUGCGUUUUACUAAAAAAGAUACUUAAAGGGGACGAAGCCCGAAUAAAUCGAGAAAAAUAA